UCAUGUCAUUCCGCAAACAUCACUCGCCUCUACAAUAUUUUGGUUCAGUUUUUUUUUUGUAAAUAUUUAAAAACCAGACCUGUUAGGGUCACUUAAGCUUAUAAUGAUAUGACCUGCUACAAGUAUAGUUAGAAGUUUAAAAAAAUAUUAAACAUUGAAGAACUGCGGUUUUUGUGACCUUUUAAAAUGGGUGAUGUUCGGAAAGCCUUAAAAGAGGGUGCUAUGCACGUCGGUGCUGGUGGUAGUGCUGGUUUUGUGGAGGUCUGUAUCAUGCAUCCCUUGGACCUGGUGAAGACGAGGCUCCAGCUGCAGCAGACGAGGGUCGCAGCUGCUUCUCACUCUGACCCGCACUACUACACGGGUUUAAUAGACUGUAUGAAGAAAAUGUACAGGCAUGAAGGUGUGACAUCUUUCUGGAAAGGCAUAGUGCCCCCUAUUUUGGCGGAAACUCCUAAGCGCGCCGUAAAAUUUGCAACUUUCGAACAAUAUAAAAAGUUGUUCACUUUUGGCGAAGCUGCAACACCUUUAACAUUCUCACUAGCUGGUCUAGCGGCUGGAUUAACAGAAGGUCUUCUCAUUAAUCCGUUUGAAGUUGUCAAAGUGACUUUGCAAUCAAACAAGGAACUUGCUAAACAAAUGCCCACAACAUGGGCAGUGACCAGACAGAUUGUCAGAGAUAAUGGAAUGGGCUCAAAGGGACUCUUUAAAGGACUUACAGCGACCUUUGGAAGGAACGGUGUCUUUAAUAUGGUGUACUUUGGAUUCUAUCACAGUGUUAAGAAUAUUGUACCUGAGUCUAAGGACCCGAUCUUGGAGUUCUCCCGUAAGUUUGCGAUUGGUUUUGCAUCGGGGAUACUCGGGUCUCUAGCGAACAUACCGUUCGACGUAGCGAAGAGUCGCAUCCAAGGCCCGCAGCCGACGCCAGGCAUCGUCAAGUAUAGUUCCACAUCUGGGACUAUACUGCUAGUUUAUAAGGAAGAAGGAUUUGCGGCUCUAUACAAGGGAUUGCUGCCUAAAGUGCUUCGUCUGGGCCCCGGAGGUGCCAUCAUGUUGGUGUUAUAUGACUACGUCUACAACUUGCUAAAAGUAACCUUUGACUAAAAAAGCAAUAGGUAGUCAAUACAAAUUUAAAAAACACAAAUAAUGCAAUAAGAAUACAAUAUUCUCAACAUCUGUUGGAAUAAUAUUUAGUGUAUCAAACUACGAAAGAAAUAUGUAAAGGAUUUAGGUUGUGUGUAAAAAGCAAAGUCAAAUGCAAUUACUCCGAUUUUGCUAUAUUAUUAUGAUAAUAACUAUGGGUCGGGGCCACAUCUUAAAUAAGAUUGGAGUGGAUGUGGAAGAGAUGCCACUUUACGCAGUAUAGUGAGUCAUUUCGCUUUCACAACAUCAACAGUCUUGCUUCAUAGGUGAUUGUAACACCACUUGUAAAAUGCAAUUAAAAAAUAUAAGCUCAAACAUAAGUAGUUAAGCCGAUCCGAUCGUUAUUUGAAAUCUGAGUUUUUUUGCCUGUAGCUAACUUUAAGUAUAAUGUCGUUAAUUUCUAUAGAUCAAUGGAUUGAAUGGAGUCUAAUAAUAGUAGCGCACGUAGACUUGCCAAUACACAUUUAUUCGGUUAUGGGUUUGGUACAUAUUUUUUAAUUAAGUUGUAAGUGCAAUAUUUAACAGUACCACUGACCACUACACAGGCUCUAGAGACCUAUUUUAAUCUACAAAGCUAGUAUUUUUGUACAAAUCGUAAUUAUACGUACAUUAUUGUUGUGACUAAACAUUUACAGUAGAUAGAAUAUAUUUUUAUACUGUUAGCUUUGCAAUAAGUACUUUUUACCAAAAUAAUAUUGUGAUAACAGUGCCUUUAAAAAGCAUUUCUGACCAAAGUUGCAUUAAUUCUUAAGUAAAAUACCCACAUUUGUAUUUACAAUGUUAAAAUCAUGUCUCAAAUCUCAAACGAAUUAGACAUAAGAUAGAUUUUAUAUGUUCUUAUUAAUUAUAUUUUGUUAAGAAUUUUAAUCUUUGCACAUGUUAAAGCAUUUACAUUGAAAAUCAAGGAAAAGUUUAUAAAGAAUUUAUGUAGUUAAUUACGUAAAUUGUAGGUGAAGAUAAUGAUUAUUUUUCUGUUAAAUUUUAAUUUUAUGACUGAAGAAUAAAAUAUCGAAUGUUGAUAAA